CAUUUUUCCCACAGUCCUAGGAGGCAGCAUCCGACUGUCCCAACCAGGAUCUGAAUCCUCUGUUUGUACAGCAGUAAUGGGCACAAGCUAACAACCGGUCGUAGAAAGAACUACUUGUUGCCAAACAUAUCGUCAAGGAUCGAGUGCGGAACAAUUCUUAAUUCUAGUGAUUGCCAGGACUACCGGGUUGUAGACUGCAGCCAUGGGUGGGCUGGGGAAUGGGCGUCGUGGAGGAAGAUCACCUCCUUUAAUGAUUGGCGCCUUAAUCGCUUGUAUCCUCGUGCUGGGCUUUAACUACUGGGUGUCAAGCUCCCGCAACCUGGACCUACAGACUAAGCUGUAUGACCUGGAGAGCCAGGUGCGACGUGGAGUGGCAGAGCGACGUGGAGUAGAGACAAAGAAGAAUGAAUACCAGGAAGAGAUCCAGAAACAAAAAGCACAAAUCACCAACAUGGAAACUCUCUUAAAGAGAGAGCUGGAAGAGGCACAGUACUCCUGCAGCCAACAGAAGAGCACACUGCAACAGAACAUUUCCUCUAGCACCAAAACCAUACAGAAACUUAAAGGUCAGUUGAAUCAGUUAAACGAUGAGCUAAAUAAUUGCCAUGGCAACAUCGACAACCUUAACCAGAAGCUCACCAAUAACAUAAACAACUGUAACUCCCAGUUACAGUCCCAGAAAGAGUUGUGUGAUGAGAGAGUGGCUGCCGUUAAACUUGAAGUUCAGAAGCACAUUCCUUCUCAACAUGUCCCCCCACAGCAAGAAAAAGCAGACGAUAAAGAAUUAGUAGAGAAAGAACAUGCAGUUGCUGGGGCUGUUGCAACUGUUGUGAGCCACGCCCCAAGUCUCUCUCUGCUAAAAGGAAAAGAGCCAGAAAUCCUGACCAAUGAGAUCAUUGUAGGCAAAGUUCUGGGUGAACCAGGGGACCUGUCUCCACCCAAGGAUCUCUCUAAAGUAGACUCCCAGUCUGUUACCUCUGCUGAUGCAGUGAAGCAAGGCAUUUUGCCACCACCAGAGGGAGCUGUGAAAGCACACCACAAUGAGGCAGAAAACCGUAAACCAUUAAAGGAUAAUCUUACUGAGGGCAAAGCUGUGGAGGUGAUCGAUGCUAAUGAACAGGGCGCUCAGACAGAAGCAGACCCUGAGAUGGAAAGCAUGCUGAUUGGCCAGAGGAGAGAAGAUGAGUCUCCUAUUGGUCAGAAACUGGAGGAUACAUUAGAGUACGAAGCAGAUGAACAAGUGGGUGGAGUGGAUUUGGAGAAAGAGCAGCAGAAUAAACGGGCCGAAAAUAUAGACAGGGACGAAGAGGAGGAGCAGGUUGACUAUAAUGGAGACAAUGAGAAUGAAGGGGAGUUUGAAGCAGACAAACAAGAUGAACUUGCUCAAAACUAAGGGCUUGAUCCAGCAGACCACAGCGGGAAAGGGCCUGUUUUGCACCAAUGCACAAGUAUACAGCACAGGUUAAUAAUUGGCUUAAUAUAUGUGAAAGCAGUAAUUAGUUAAUAUCUUUAUGGAAACACAGGAUAAGGCAUUGUUGUACAUUUUUGUGCAAAAGUCUUUGGCCCCCAUUAAAUUAGUAGUUUUGUCAAUGUUGUUGGGUCCAUAUUUACAUAUUUAUUUUUUUUUUAACAAUUACACUAGAAAACAAAUUUAACAAAAUGAAAUGUAUACAACAUUAAAAUUAAAACUCAGAAGCAAAUAUAUACACAGUAUGAUCAUAGCACUGCUAAAAACAAAGUAAACGUGGCCUAAGACCUUCAUAUACAGUACUGUAUAGUGGGUUUGACUUGAUUUAAUCUACAUCAGUAUAGCUGAAAACCUCCUCAUUUUGGGAAUACACGUAUCUGCAUUAUAAUGACUGUAUGUUUAUUUUGACUGUAACUUGACAGUGCAGACUCCCUUAGAGGGUUAUUUGCUAAAAGACUGUGUAAACCUACACGUAGUUACAGCACCCCUCCACUUGAAGGUUCUGCAGUUCAGGCCUCUUAUUCCAUAAUGCCUUAAGUUAGUUCUGCAUGGGCUGUCAUAGAACGGAUGCAUAGCUUACUCAAUAACCACAGUGAUAUUUAUGACAUUAAGCUCGCAUAAAGAUAAUAUGUGAAGAUGCCACUGUUUUUGACCCAUGCAGGCAGAUAUGAUGAAUAAACAAACAUGCCAUGUAACAAAGAGGCUUCUGCUGAACUCACCUUGUGGAUCCUUCGUUAAUGUUUUUUUGGCAGUCCUUUUCCUUGUUAAACUGCUUUAGCAUCAGUAGACACAGUGAAACACAGGCGUUUAUUCUUGGCUAUAUUUCAGAUCCUGAGCCAUAGGGAUGAAUGUGUGCCGCAUUUAAAGAUCAGUAAAACAUAAAUAUCAGCAAUCUCUCAUUUUGAGGCGUGCCUUACUAACUCUGUACAACGGCUUUUCCCUGCGGCCGCGUGUGUCUGCCACAGCGGCGGCAGGAAUCGUGUCUGUCGUGUUAAAAAAAAACCUGCUGCGAGCAUUGAGUCUGCUGUCACCUAUGUCAAGUCGAGAAUGUAGAGAUUUCUGAGAAUUGCUGUAACGUUAUGUAGGAUAUUAUGCGUCCGGUAAAUGUGAACUAUUACGUUGGUCUGCUUUCUUGUAAUAGACUAAAAGGGUGUGGAACAAACCAGAACUAAUGCUAGACAUCCGAAAUAAGUUUUAAAGUUGUGUUGGGGAGAGUUGUUGCCUUGUGUUUCAUUACUUGCGUUUUAUUUCUUGGUAUUCAUAUUUAUAAUAAUAAUAAUUUGGAUUUCAGAACCAUAAUUACUCACAACACUGUCAUUGUAAUUGCCAUAAUUCUAGAAUCCUAGAAGCCACAAACUGUAGUGCGACGUUAUCUUCCUCUUGCCAUUAUUUGUCUAUCUUUCCAUGUGAUUAGUACAAUAGGUGUAUUGUCUUGUCGUUGAUCUGCUUGGCUGUUAGAAUGCCAGGUGUGCAGGAGAGAACUUGAACUUGACUGUUGAUAGGUCUCCUGUCUACGAGAUUUCUAGUAUUCUUGGCUCCAGAGUUUGAUGCUAUGAUUAAGGAUGAGUUGCUUUUUUUUCAUCACUGAAAUCGGGCUGUCAGGUACAAUGACUCCAUCCCAUACUGUAUAUAUUUUAGGAUCUGUCUGAUGUUUCAGACUUGGAUUUGUAGCUAAAUGCAACAACAAUGAUAAAAUACAGAAGAAUAUAAAGUCAUUGAAAAUUCAAUAAUAGGAAAAUAAGUGUAUUAUUCUAGGCCUCAAGGACAUUUCAAAUAUAAUUUUUUACCCUAAGGAAUUUAACUUUUUAAAUGUUAAAUGCUUAUCGGACCAGUCAUGUUCCAACAGAACUUGUCCAGUUUAAAUAAAUGCACAUGAACCUUUUUUUUGCCUUUUUGUCUCCUUGACAAAAUGUGUUUGUUGGAAUGUUUUUGUUUUUGUAAUUUGACUGAUCCUGCUGUGUUUCUUCAGAAAACUGUUUCUGAACUAGACGCCCAUCUAUCUAGAAACAAAAUGAUUUUGUAUGAUUUUUUUUAAUGAAUUAUUUUGCUGAUUUCAUUUGAGAUUCUUUAUUUAAUUUCAUUCUGUAAAACAGCAGUGAAAGGUUUAAAUAAUUGUAGAAAAUAAAAGCCUUUUAUUACCACAAUAAA